CUUGUAUAUCUUUGGCAACAAAACUAUUACAAAUUUUACUUCAAAAUGACAUUUUUGUGUUAAAUUUAUUUUAUCUUUCAAUCAAUAUUGAAAUUCUAAAAAUAACCAACCAAAAUUUAAGUUCAAUACUAUAAAUACAAUUAAUUUCAAUGGGUGGGUGUAAAAAUCAAUAUUAUACUGGUAAUAUUCCAAAGAGAAAAAGGAUCGGAAGAAAAAAACGCGAACCAAAACCACCCAGCACAGAACCAAGAAAAAAUUCAUCUCGAAUCAAAAUAUGCAUAGUAAAAAAUGAUAAAACACCAGCAAGCAGAAGAAGUAUAGGUGGUUUAAAACCAGUUCAACAGUAUAAAAGUGCAGAUGGUGAUAGGGAUGUUUUCUACUUACCCGAUGACAUAAAUAUGGACGAGUUUCAUUGUUUUUAUGACCAUGAUAAUGAGGAUACAAAUACACAAGACUGUAAAUCAAUUGAUACUUCAAAUUCAGACAGCAAUGAAACCACUGGAAGUGAAUGUUCUGAAUGCAAAAAUAAAACUGUUGAUAAUCACAAGGAAAAACCAAAAACUCCAAAAAAAUGUCAUAUUCUGGAUGGCAAAGAUUAUUGUUACGCCAAAGCAAGGGGGAACGCUGAUGAAAUUCCUAUAGGCAAAUUUGACCCAGUCGCUAAAAAAAUAUACGGUACAGAAUGCGACUUACCCUGCAUUAAUCAGGGAGGGGUAUGUAAAUCCUAUCCGAUGUAUUGUUGUACGGAAAAGCCCGAAAAAUCUUGUGACGAAAUGGUUUCUGGGCUUUAUUGCAGGCAUAGUUUUGGGUAUUAUGAAAACAAACUAAAGGAACUUCUUGAUAAAGAAAAGGAGAAUAAAAGUAGAGUUUGCUGUUCUUGUUUGAAUUUGACAGAUGAGGGUAUGGUUGGUGAUGUAGUAAGAAACAUUGACGACAUGAGUGGAUGUGGAUGUGGUAAUGUCUGUCCAGCAGUUGAAAAGUAUGUGGAAAGGAAAGGAGAAGAAGUAUACAAGUUUUGCACUAGAUUGGAGAAUUGGAAACCUGGAAAAAUAAAAAUUUGCUGUCCAAUUUGUAGUGUUGUGGAUUCUCCAGCUAUCAAACAAACUAAAAAGAGAGCUUUGAUAGCUAAUACGGGAUUUCAGGCUUCCAUUUUAGUUGCAUUUUGGCCUUUAUGUAUGUUGCCAUUUAUGAUGACCCAAUGUCGUCUCUUGCUAUUUUGCAAAUCGUGUAAAAAUUAUUUGGGCCAAUACGAUAAACGUAAGGGCUGUGUUAUGCCACCUGAACCGCUAAAAGAACAAAUUGCCAAGAUUAUUUAUAAGGAUAAUGAGGAAGUUUUCGACUAAUAAAAAUAUUUAA